AUGCUCAUAUCUGUAUGUAUAGUCAUCUCUCUAUGUUUGGAGUUUAUUGAUACUGUAUUAUCUACAAACGUAUCUCGAUCACAUCACGUGUCGAUUUCCACCGAAUAUUUUGUGGAUCAACAAAAAUAUUUCUAUUUAAUGUUUCUUCAUCUAAGUGCAGGUUUUAUUGUAGGGGGCACAGCAACGAUAGCGACAGGAUCAUUGCUCCUUGCAUAUCUUCUUUAUUUCUGCGGAAUGUUCAAAAUUGCUAGUUAUCGUAUCAAGAAAACUAUACAUAUUUAUACAUUAAAAGACCUUAGUAUGCAAAAAGAGAUUUUGGUUAAUAAACAUCUAAUUCGUGCUGUAAAUAUUCAUCGAAAAUGUAUGACAUACUCCAACUAUUUAAAAUCCAGAUUUGAAAUAUCGUUCAUAUUCUUAAUGGCACUUGGAGUUCUUUCUAUAAGCCUAAAUAUUUUUCGAGUGCGUAUUAUUUUUUACAAAUCUGUGUUAAUAAUUUGC